GAAAACAUUCACUCAAUUGUACAUUAGCACCAGGGCUGCUGCCAUACAAACACACUACACAACUAAAUAAAGAUCCGCCAGCUUUUUAUCUUCUUGAUGUUGGUCACAGGCUAAAGAGAGAGGGGGGAAAGACAGAAAUUCUCUCAGGUGAUCCACCAUUCAUGAAAUAAUCUUGGCUUUACCCGCGUUGUGAGUUUCACCACUUCCCCACCCCACAGUGGGACUCCAGGUGCGUAACCUCCCUCCUGCCAGUUCUGCAUGGUCAUGACCUGUCAUCACGCCCCUUCCACAGCCCACCUCAUCCUAUUGGUCCUGCUCAUUGUCACUCCACAUCUGGCUGGCACCAACCCUGUGUGGGGUGAGGGAAGGGAGGGAGGGGUGGAGGGGCGCACCCGGACAGACCUUAAAAAGGACAACCUCGCCCCCUUUCUCUCACCCCCAGCCCAGAGUCUCUCCAGCCCUGACAACGUGUCGCUAGACCGGGGCCGGGGCCUGGGUCAAGAUAACCAAUCAGAUAACUUGAUGGACCCUGCGCAGGUGCUCGCUGUUCUUCUGGAGGCCCUGGACCACCCAGGGGAGAGUGAAAUCCAGGCGAGCAGAGACAGAGACUGGGAAGAGGAUCAGAGUCAGGAGCUGCCCUCCAAUGAAGGCCUGGAGGGUGGUGAGAUAAGGAGAACAGGGGAGACAGGGGGAGAGAGGGGGGUGGAGGAGGAGGGGCGAGUGGCUGAUAAGGCUAUUGAACAGCUAAUUGUAAGCCAUUUGACAGCUGCUCAGGGUGAUGAAUUAAAGGAAGGGGAUGAGGAGGAUAAAAACACAAGGUCAGAGCAGGAUCAAGGGUGGUCCAUGGAGGAUGUUGGAGCUGAUAAUGUAAAUGAGGAAGAAGGGAAAGAAGAUGAGGGGCAGGAGGAGGAAAAUUAUUUAGAAAGUUUCUUAAACAAGGCCAGACUAAGUUCCGCCUCACAGGGAGAUGAUCCUUCUCUGCAGCGCAAAAUAAGAGGCUACUUCCAAAACAUUGACUUGGGUCUCCAAGAUAAUGAGAUCCUGCCUCCUCUGAAGGGCUACAAGGCAUACAACACUCAGCUAGCACGAGCCGGAAAGAAGCUGCACUGGGAGGAGAACCAGUCCCGUAACCGACCCACCAAGGGGGGCAACUUCAUGGAUGACUUUGAGGAUGAGGGAGAGGAGCUGGAGGAGGAGGUUGAAGAAGAAGAGGAGAGCCUCUCCCACAUGGCAGAGGAGGCGAGAGCACUCGCAGAGAAACAGGAGGUGCUCCGGCAGCAGGAGGAGGCGGAGAGAGCCAGAGAGGAGGAGCAAAGGCUGGCAGACAUCGCCUCUGACAUGCUGCUGCAGUACAUGGGGAGGAAGCAGCAGUCCUACAUGAAGCCCAGGCAGAAAAGCAGCAUGGGGGCCGCCAGCAACACCGCCGAGGACAAGCGUUCCGAGGAGGUCAUCUCCGAUGAAGACGACCUGGACCAGCAAAUGAUCGACAGGCUGAUUGAGAUCAGCAGCAAGCUGCAUCUGCCUGCUGAUGAUGUGAUUGAGAUUAUCAGUGAUGUGGAGGAGAAGAAGAAGAAAAGAAAAGAGUUGCAACAGCUACCUACCAACAACAACCCUGUCGCCCCGCGCUUCAGGCCUCUGGUACCUCCUCCUCUGGCUGUUCCGCCUAUCUACCACUACACUGCCUCAAAAAACCCCAAGAAAGCCCCUUAUAGGUUCAACAAGUCCAACAAGAAAUGGCACAAGGACAAAGUCAAGUCAUACAAACAGGACUAUUGGUAUAAGCCUCAGAAGCAGCUUGACUACUGGUAUAAACCCCAGAAACAGUUUUUAGCCUUUCCCUCUUAUCCAUACUACCAGAAGCCAUAUCGAGCAUACUACCCUGUUUAUUUCCCAUAUCCCAAACCACAAUAUUAUGGCAAACCCUCCCCUUCCAGAGACCAGCCAUUCGGCCCCCAGGAACUUGACCUCCAGACCCCAAGGCGCAGGCACAGGGCUGGGGGUAAGAACCGUGGGCAGGGCUGGAGGCAGCAGCCAGCUCCACGCCUGCCUAUUACCCCUUAUAUCUCUAACUAUAUCCUUCCUCACCCACGGACCUACCAACCCCUACCUCCGCCCAAACCAAUAACCACGCCCACUAGAGGCAGGCGACCCCCAUACUACUAUCAACAAGUCACACCGGGAGAUGAUUAUGAGGAAGAUGGGCUGGUGCCUCAGCUGGACAGUGAGGAGGAACUGGAAAAUUUUAUUGAGAGGAUCUACAUGAAACGCAGAAUGUACUGAGAGACUUUUUGGACAUUUGUCAGAUCAGAGAGACUGACAGAGGUGGGAUAGAUAUACAGUAGCUGGAGAAAAGCUAAAAGAGAGGUGAAAAAAAGAAUGUGUUUUGAACCUGAUGGAAAUUUAAGGGCCAAGAAGUAAAAAAAUAAGAUUUA